CAGGAAACGAAUGCAUGUUUGACUUAAGCAUAUAUAGAGCGGGCCUAAAAGGGUAGACAUAUUCUAGUGUUCUUAGCGGGUUUGUAGGGCUCUCUUCAUUGCUUCCAUAGUUGCCUCUUUUGCUCACAGUUGCAGAGCUAGAAGUGAACACUUAUUUGGGAACUAUCAGCCAACUGUAAGAAUUCCUAUAGUUGACUCUGAUACGACCGGCUAUGCAAAUUCGUGCAAGGUAAUGAAAACUACCUUUAUCUAAUUAUUUCGUUUCUUCAGAUUAAAAACCUUUCAUGUGCACGAAAUUAGCCAUAUUAGUAAACCUUGCUUCCAACUAGCCGACUUGAAGUGUUGUGUAACAGUUUCGUGUACGUGCUUCCUUAGCUUUGACGACCCAGCAGGAAACUAACAUCUCCAUAUUGGAACGUAGAACGAAGCCGUCAGCCAAUAGAGUUUCAGCCAUAAAGCAUGGGUAAGUAGCGAAAGUAGUUGAGUGUUGCUUUAAUUUGGUGAUAUUUCUUUUUUGAUAUCAUGCAGAACAUCGUUUUCAUGUCAUCGCACCGAUUUUCAUUUUUAAUUUCCGGGUGUAAGCCAGUACCCUUGAAAACGGAAUGUGUCAGGCUGUCACUUGAGAAUUUAUUUAGCUUUGCAAUUUUGUGUCCAAAUUUGCUCUAACUGGGAAAACGCAAGCUUCCAGUAUUUCGCUGAAGGGGAUACUCCAGUUACAGCAUAAUAACCAACUACUCGAUGCAAAAUGCAGGCAGUUUUUUUUAAGAAAACAACUAGUGUUAGAUUAGUAUUAUUUACAUGCCUCUACGUUUGCCUCUUCGCAAAUGGGUUUAGUUUAGAUUCGGUCGGUUCUGACUAAAUCGAUUAUAUUUACAGUUCAGUUUUCAUAGAGGUAAAUGCUGCAAACUCCUUCUGGUGGUUUUGAUUAAUUUGGCUGUGCUGCACUUUGACUUCCUGUCUAAAAAAGUGUUUAACAAAAUGCAACUGUUAACGCUAUUUGCAGAAGAUUUAAGUGCCCUAUCCUUACAGUUUAUGUCCUUAGUUCCUUUAUCAGAUUUUCAGUACUUCAUUUGGUCUGCUUAAUCUUCGUACAAAUGGCAUUUCGGCCAAUUUUACUCAAAAUGAAUUCUCGUCUGAGAGUUUAAACCCUUAAAUGACGGCAUAACAAAACUGAUUCACACCAUCAGCUAUGCUUGAAAGGACUUGCGAGAAUGUUUUCGCGUGCUCAAAUAUUUUAAUAUAGAUUAACCAGUGACCCUUAAUGUAACUUAAUAGUUUAUUUUAGUACACUCUUUGAACUUCAGUUGUAUAGAAUUCAGGUCAUCUCAACGAGUCGUAUCCUCCUUUGGUAUUUAACAAUUAUCCACUGGAGUGCAUGAAGUGAAUAAUUUUUGACUACCAUAAACACUGGGAUAUAAAUAUUUACUACAUAGCUUAGGAACUUGGCCAAUAUCCAGACACCUUGACCUCGGGCUUGUCAAUAACAUAUAUUACUUUAGAAUUCUGAUGUUUAGAGUGAUUUUACUUGACCCGUAAAACUGAUACUAACAACUAUUGGAAAAAUAGCUACUUGAACAAAAGAAGACAAUCUUGGAAUUAGUGCAUAAUAGUUCGUAGUAUUAUAUACCUAUUUAACGGAUUAAGUAAAAUCACCCUAGGCCUUCCAUAUACUGAAAUGUGCUUUGUUAAUUAGUAGAACUAUAAUAAAUAUCACCUAUAUUGUGGCAUUGACCAAGAUUGUUUGGCCAAGAUUUGACCAAGACUCUGGGUAACUUUUCUUGCUGAAACCUCGAAAGACUUGGAAAUAAUCCUCAUAACUAUCGUACUGAGUUUUACGAAUCGUCUUUCACGCACUAGCCUUUAUCUUAGCCUUAAGACAAGUUUCGUUUAUUCAAACCUCUUCAGUUUGGCUAAAACUGUUAUGUAUUGUAACAGUUUUAGCCAAACUGAAGAGGUUUGAAUAAACGAAACUUGUCUUAAGGCUAAGAUAAAGGCUAGUGCGUGAAAGACGAUUCGUAAAACUCAGUACGAUAAUUAUGAGGAUUAUUGACCAAGACUGUUUAGCCGAAAACUUACCAGUGUUUAAUAUACGUGUACCGCAAAACCCCACGACUAAGAAACUAGAUUUUCAAGUUCCAAGUUAGCCUAAACAUUCAGGUUCUUAUAUGGUCUUAUAUACUGGUAGUUAGCGCAAGUUUAGGCUAUUUAGAUUCUUAUUAAAAUAACUUGUUAUUUUCUGAAGAAAAAAUACAUUAUAGCUAAAACUAUUUACUUGUUUAGCUUAUUCCCUAUUCAUAAAAUCUGCAUACCAAAUUAGCAUUCGAGUAAACGUAAUUAUAAAUCGAAGAACAUUAUUUAAUUUGUAAUUAUAUUUGAUUUAAACGCUGGCAUUUACGUACAGUUGGAGUGAUAAGGCACCUCUGUCUGUCUCCAAAAAAGGAUUUUGAAUGUUGACUUAUCUUAUUUGGCUAAUUUUAGGUUACAGAACCUUUUCAUAGUUUUAAAAACAUAAGAACCUGUUUCAAAUUUUAGGCUAUAAACAGAUUCUUAUAUAGAGGGGCCUUAACUGGCAAACGUUAGUCCGACAGGUUCUUAAAAUUAGUGUUCUUAGUCGUGGGGGUUUCCUUACCUUACUGUAUUACCAAAAACAAAAUAAUUUUUUAAUCAAUUAGCUUUAUUUAGAGGAUUUGUUGAGAGUGAGGGUUAUUGUUUAAUGAGGUGGAUGAUAUACAGUAACAUUAUUUUGAAUCCUUCACCGAUGUCGCAAUUUGAAGCUAAUCCAGUUUACUUGGAUCACUUUUCUUUCAGUCUGGAUUGUCUUGCAUUGCCAUGUUUCUGUCAAAUAUACCCCAAAUAAUCACACACAAUAAAAGGUUAAAAUAAUAGAGAAGAAGGGUAUAACUUAAAUGACAAUUUAUGUAAAUUACAGGAAAAUUAAAAUAUUCUCAUUAAUUACUGCAACAGGUCUCAGGUGUUUUCAUAUACUCGCAUGAGCCCACAAUUCUAUUGGGUUAACUGCCGGGCACCCAUUUAAUCAGUUUCAGUAUCUGCAUUGAGCAGAAGAAACUAUCGGGAAAAUCUCUGCACAAAUUUAAGUAUAAAAAAUCUUCUCCCUGAAAAGGAUGCGCGAAAAAGCCCAAAGCGGAUUCAAAUUAUUCUCUGUUCCCUGGCAAUUUGAUGUCCACAUGACAGUAUGUUUUGAAAAUUAUAGGGGCAGGAGCACUUAAACUACAGUCAAAAGUCGUUGAAGAGAACUUUGGUUGCCACCUUAAUUAUUUUUUCCGCCAAUGAAUAACAACUUUGAAGUCUCUUAAUGCAUUUAACACGAGGUGUAUAGACAAAGGGUGAAAGGUGAUUGAAAAAUACGUUGGAAUUCCACUUCACAAGAGGGAUAACAAUAUCAAGAAUUUUAACGAUGCACAGAAUCACAGCUUUGUGAUUUUAAUAAACUUUUUAAUAAACAAAACUAGCAGCCACCUCAAUUCGCUUCUGCAAUAGAUACUAUAUUCGUUACAGAUCAUCCCGUCCAGCGGAGCCUGGAUCCGAGUCAUCAGCUGACAGAGAGUGAUAUCAACGAAAGUCAGCUCCCGGAGCAGAUUGGCCUUAAAUGGAAAGACCUUGCUAGAGAACUAGGUUUUCGUCAGAGUACCAUAAAUAUGAUCGAAGAGGAAAAACGUCACAUUACUAAGGAAUGUUGCGUAGAAUUUCUUGUACAGUGGAUACAUAACAAGGGAACAGAGGCUACAGUUGGAAAAUUAAAAGAGGCUUUAGAAAGGAUAAAACUCAAGGACGUGGCUGAAAAUCUGAUCAGCGGUAAGCAAGAGAGAGAUACCGAAGUUUCUGUUUUUUAAAUGAGUAUCAUGUCAGUUGGCAAACGGAUUGCAGGCCAAUUUCUUGCAAAUUAAGCAUUUUUUCCUACUGUUGUGAUCUUUCUGCUUUGACUGCUUAGAAGUGUCAUAGUAUCUCAGUUCAAUCAGUUCUACCACAGCCUCUGGACCCUUAGCUUUUGUAACUGGGAGGUAAUCUGGUAAGAUAUUCCACUUAGACUGGUCAUGCUCAACAUUCAUUUUUUUCUGUUAAUGAUUUGCUUAUACAUGUAGUUCUAUUUUUGAACAAGGGCGUUUUAAUGCCCUCUGUAGAUUAUUUCCGAUUUGUAGUAGUUGAGAGAUCAAACUUCGAUUUUAUAUUGGCCAACCUGAAACCUGGGUUGAUUGAUCUAAUUCCAAAUAAUGCGAGUUCCAUCAAAAAGACUAAGUAGCCACUCUUUUGCAUGCUUACAAUCUGUUCACUUUGCUUUCCAUGUUCGUCUUUGUCCAACAAAAUGCUUCUUCUCAGCUCGCCUCAUGUAAAAUAUAACUAAUGAAACUCUUGAAUUCUGGAUUGCAUGCUGUGAAUUCCAGAUUUCUUGUCAGAGGAACUUGAAAGCCGGAUUCCAAUCGUUAACGGGAUUCCGGUUUUUUUGUGCUGAAUUACGGAUUCCAAAGCCCAGAGUUCCAGAUUCCACUUGCAAAAAUUUUCCGGAAUACGGAAUCAGGAUUACCAUAAUUCUACGAGUAAUUCAGCCUUAUUCACAAUACAUACGAAGCAGCUGGGAGAUUAUCAUUAAUUAAAUGCGUAGGAUUUUAAAUAGAAUCGCAUAAUUGAAUAAAAUCUCGCAUUCUGAUUGGUUAACGAAGCAAGGUAUUUAGCGUGGAAUUGCGAGUUGAAAACGAGGCUAAGUGAUAUUGUGUCGCACUUACAUAUACUUAUCACAACUAUCGUCACAUUGCGUGAGAAAUUACAGUGCUUGUAUGAGAAUCUAAUCUCGAAUAAUUUCCGUAAAACGUCUGUUUUGAAAAAAAUAUGAUUUGUAAACUAAAGCUUCACUCUUAAGGAUUCUACUGAAAAAAAUUGGGGGCGUUACAUGUGCUACAAGACCUAUAACCUUUUUUUUUUUUAAUUUUCUAUACAUUUGUCUGUAAAAAUCCCGGGAAAAAUUGCGGACAAAUAUAUGGAAAAUCUAAAGCAAGCUUCUGGAGAAAUUUAAGCACGGCCCCCAAAAUUUGUUAGUAAAAUCUUUUGCUGUGCAACAUUAGUUUACAAUUCAUAUUUUUUUCCAGAACAGCCAUUUUACGGAAAUCCGCGACAUUGCAUUCUCAUACAAACACUGUAAUUUCGCACGCGUUUGGCUACUUGUCAAGAUGGCGUCGAAAACCGUGACAGGGUCUAUUCAUGAGUCCGGUAAUGAAUUUUCUUAUAAUAUUAUGUAUGCAUGCUGCAAGUCAUUUUUAGCAGCGAUCUUGCUUUAAUACCAUUUAUAUUUUAUCGGUGAUUCCAAAAAAUGGCACUUCUGUUCCCUAAACACUAAAAAAUACCUUUGGAUGUUACAGCAUAAGGCAGCUCGCUUGCUUGACUUAAUCAUUGUGACUGUCACAGAUAUCGGCGAAUGAUCAUGUUUCAGUUUAAAGUAACAAUGUUAUUGACGACUCAAUGUCAUUCUCAUUCUGAUCAGGACUCGGCUGCUGCUGUCAAAGAUUAAAAACUGUGAAUACUGAAGAAUCAAACGCGCCAUAUCAGGUAGGUUAUUGUCAAUUCUAUGGUGGUCUAGACUUGCUUUAUAGAGGGAGCUCAAGAAAAGCGUUUUUAACUGAUAGGUGAAGCAACGCCAGCAGCUUAAAAGGGACAUUUUGCUGGAAUUUGUUGGUACAAGUUAUCUUUCCCGCACAGUACUAGAUCCGCGGGCCAAAUGGCAAGAAUGACAUAAUUUACAGCCCACCACAGCGCCAGAGGGACCUGAAACUUACGAUUCCUGCUUCUUCUUUUUUUAGAUUAACAGAUGUGAUAGGAUGAUUUGUGAACUGAGUGACAAACUAAGAGCCAGCUUAAAAGAGGUAAACAAAAUUAUAUCGUAUCCAUAGGAAGAAGUAAGAGAGUGACCGGCCAAAGAGUAUAACAUGAUGUUUCCGCUUUUCUUCCAGUUUAACAAAUGAAAUGACGCGAUACAUGUGAACUGAUAGAUGAAAUAAGCGAGGAACUUCGAUUUAGGCUGUGUCCACACGCAUCCAGACUUUUUUGAAACUGCAUAUUUUUUAUUCAAAUUCGUUUGGAAGGGGCCUUAAACCGCUCUGGGGAGCGGUCUCAAAACAAUGUGGUUUUGGUGAGCGAAUUCGUUGGUUUCGUGUGGACAGAAGGCCGAUUCGUGUAAAAAGUGUGCAGUUUCAAAAAUGUCAGGAUUCGUGUGGACAUAGCCUUACCUUACGGGAAGAGGAAUAAAUGUCACUAAUAGCAAUUGAUUAGUUAUGUUGGUAAUUCAUUUGCUGAAUAGCAGAUUCCUUACCAGUCCUUUUUCACUUAAUGAAGGUUCGUUUUAGUUUCUUUUGUUUGUUUGUUUGUUUGUUUUGGUAGGUUUCAAAAGUGGAAGCCCAAUUCAAAGCCCUAGAGUUAGAGCUUUCAAAAGAAAGGCAAAUGCGCCAGGACAAAGAACAACAAGUGGGUCAACUACUGUUUUAUUCCUCUAGUCAUACCAGAUACUUCUUCAACCGUCCCUGAACACGGUUGAAUGACUGUUUGACGUGUACUUUAUCUUUGCUGAUUCUUGGUCUUGCAGGUUUCACGACUGAGCACUAGAAUUGCGGAAUUAGAAGAAGAGCUUUCAAUUGCCAAUCAAAAGGGCCAUGAUGAGAACGACACUGAACAACAUGUGAGUCAACUGUCUGUUUCGUUUUAAAACAACUGCGCGCGAGGCUGGGCACUUCUUGUUUUUAUUUCUUCUUCUAUUUGUGUGUCUGUCAAACUUCAAUAUGCAUUUUACACUAAGUUGUACCUCACAAAUCCAAUGAAUAGGAAACGGGAAAAAACAAAAAAAUCCUCACGAGUCUACGUUGAGCUAAAACAAAACAACGCAAACACUAAGGGGUUAACUUGGUUAUUUCCUGUUACUUAAUAGACCUGCAGAUUAGUUUAUUGUUAAGAAAAUGUAUUAUAAAGUUUCUGAAUAUCCGGGUUAUAUAUACACAGACCCGUUGAAAUACGAAAUUAACAAGACAUUAUUCCCUGAAUUCUUACACAUUCAAUUUUUCAAUCAAUAUUCAGCAAAGUGAUCUCUCGACUGAUUCAGACCAGUUAGAGCAUCGCGUUGAUGUUCAGUUAAGAAACAUCAAUGACCAGCUUCACACAUACGUUACAUCCCCCUUGCAAGUACAAGAAGUGAAACAAGAUCAACUAAGAACAGCAGUAAAACUUGAUCUGCUGACAAAACUUAGCGAGCGGUUACAGGAGCUUUACACGGAGACUCUAGGUAUGGUUAAAGAGGCUAGUAAAUGUAGCGAAGAUUUAAGGAAAGACUUCUAUGACCUUGCCUACCACGGGCUCAGGGCGGAACAUUACGAGCUGGUCCACAGAGUCAAGGAUCUGGAAUCUGCCCAGGAGGAGAUGUCUGAGGAGGAAAAUAAGGAAUUUGACAAGCUGCAAUCAUAUCAGAGGGGCAGACAAAGCCAGGUCGACCAAUUAGACAAACUGUGGAGAUAUCUCUUUACUCCGGUAGGUAUAAUGUUAUUAAUAACUAACCUUCAAAAUAACCAAAUUAACGGUUUGACUUUUAUUUUAUUUUAUUAAGCAUUAAUAUUUUUAGGUCCUGUUAAAGAAAAAAACAGCAACAAAAGGACACUGGAAGACUGGAAGGCGGACACUUUUAAUAACUUGUGAUUGAUUUGGCGUGAUGGAAGCUUUUUCCAAAAGGCGAACAAAUCUCAGAACACCACUGAGGAUGGGUUGAGUCGAAUAAGAAUUCGACUAAUAAUCUCUUUUUCCUGGCCCUUAAAAUCCACACUUUAAUGCUUCAACAAGGCCUUAACAAUUGUGUUCUUUUUGAAGAACACAGAUAAUUUAAAGAAUUUAUUCCUGUCUUUAAUAGAAAGGAAUUCCACUUCCGAAUCCGAUUCCAAUUCAGUAAAGUGAAGAAUACGGAAAAGUUUCGAGCGAUAUUCAUUCCACAGAAAAUUACCGACAUUUACGUGCAUGAUUGCUGAUUGUUUGCCAAAAAAGACUUCUUCUUCUUCUUUUUUCAGAACAGUUAAGGAACUGUUUUUCUUUUCAAGAACAAACCAAAAACUGGUAUUGCUUAGGAGUCUCGAGCUAGAUCGAACAAUUAGUAUCCUCCAUAUUACAACUUAGUGAUUUAGCAGUGAAACAGCUGUGACCGUAAAUUCUCCGUUAACUUGCAGCCUGAUCGCCGCCAGAAGACUGCAAUGUCAGCGGAUCCGGUGGGUCAGAACAAGCCAAGAGACAGUAAAAAGGUGGAGAAAGAUUACUUUAAUUUAGUUUAAUUCGAAAGAAAUUUGGACAGGGUAACAGAAGGAAUAAAAAAAAAUUGCACAGUAUAAUGGUCAUCCUUCACGUGCUUCACGAUUCAUUUAUUCAUUCCAUUGUUUGUUCGUUUGUUCGUUCAUUCAUUUCUUCAUUCCUCCCUGCAUCAAUCCAUUCACUCAUUCCUUCAUUUCUUUCUUCCUUCCUUCCUUCAUAUAUUUAUAUUCAUUCAUUUAUAAUUAGUCAGCCACUCGUUCAUUCAUUCAAUUCACUGGCCUCGCAACCUGAAGACACGUAAAAGUUGUUGUUGUUGUUUUUCUGUUUUAUGGAGUCCCUGACAUGACAAUGAUUCUAAUAAUUAAUGUCUGAAGAAUGACUUUGUAUACGUUUGCAAGGCCACGAGAUACACUGACCCUGGCGACGUAUGGAGGAAACCUAAAGGGCGUGGAGAAGAUAGAGGAUCUGAAACGCCUUCAACUUCCAACGAUAGCAAACCAGACGAAGAGUCACGUUUGAAUGUAAGUAUUCCCUCAUUUCAUAAUUUUUUAGCACGUCUCCCCUCCUUCCCCCGUCUUGGGCAGACCACCCCUUCCUUUCAUACUUUCUUUGAGCCCAGAGUUUUAUAAAUAGAAGGUUCCUCCAAGAGGCUUUUGACGAUUUAUCAGCAACUUGUGUUCAAAACUUGCAUGUCAGACUUUGUAAGGUUGCUAGGCUGACAAUUGCAUGCGCAGUGACUGUAUCAUCGAAUUUCUUUUGUCUGACGAUCUCAGUAUACUAUUUGCUCCACUAACCUAGUUUUCAGGACUUUUCAAAAAUUUUGGCAACUCAUCAGAAACUGUUUGUGAGCGACAAUUUUUCUGAUCGACAUAUGCGUGCAAGGGGAGAAAAAAUUAAGUCACGAAAGAGGUUCCAAAACUGAAAUUUUCGUCAUUUUUCGUCUUUUUCCUCUGCAUGCUCCUCAUGCACGAGAGCCAUCACCUGAUGAUACUUUUCCCCCAUGUUCACAUGGUGUGAGUCGUGAUCUUACAAGUAUUGAUUGCAUAAGCUUUUGUACUGUCUGCAAACAGUAAUGUUGUUUCUAUUAGCACAUUACUUAGUCUUUUGGUUUGAGCUCUAGUCACUCGAUGUUUUCUAUGUUUCAUAUCACUGAAUAUACAAUACAGUCCUCUAAUAAGCGAACAUUUAUUAAGCGCGGUCACCCUCCUAUUAAACGGUAACGUAACGAGAUGUAUCGUACUAGUGGUCUUUUACUUCCUUUCUUUUGGCGCAAGAUGAUCGGGUAGAAACACUUUCAGGUCAACUUGUCGUGGGAUAUAUCUACUUUCUUGGAUAACUCAGGUUUUUCAAACCUGUAUUACACUGUAAGGUCAUUCAUCAGAAAUGGAUCCUACACUGAAUUUUUUUUCAAACUUUCACUACGUAAAAUUUAGUACAUAUAAACUUCAGAAAUCAAAUAAAAAAUGGGGGUCCCCUUGCUAACUAUUAAGAUAUAAAGGAUGCAAACACCCCCAUCCUGAGGGUAUUUUCGCCAACGUGCUUUCUCAAAUUGCAGAGUCGAAAAAAAAGAUUCAGACAUGCAAGUAACAUAAAAAAGGUAGAUGUAGUAGCACUCUUAGAUAUAAGCAAGUUGGUGAUCUUUCAUGAGUUUCGCUGAUCUCUUCAACAACCUCAAAAUCUCUUCCCCCCUCCUUUUCUUUAAAACCUCUUCGCUGAUAUCUCUCGUCGUUUAAUUUUUACUUCUUUAACCCUGCGGAAACAGCCUCGUUUGUCUCUUGGCCGAUCUCCGAGGGAAAUGGCCGCCAUCUUGGAAAUGUUGCAAAUUACUCGCAAUUAGGGUUGAUGUCAUGCGCAGUGCAAAACAGGGAACAGGGACUUUUAGAGAUUAAAAACAACGACUACGAAGCCGAUUCUUUCUUUCGACUUAAUUUUAAAGUCUUCAUUGGCGUGGAUAACAGUGAAAGAGCUAGAGCCAGAGAUAAAAAAUGCAAGGAAGACCAAUUUCGUUGAAGAAUAGCAUGAAAAUUUUAUAGUGGCUGUGAGAAAAUGAGAAAAUGAGAAAUGCUAGCGGCCACCAAAGUAAAAAUGAGCCGCAGCAAAAAAAAAGUGAACAGGACCACAUACAAUAUUUCCGCCAUAAAACGUGUAACUGGGAAGUUUUUGGGAGUUUCACGUUGUCGUCGUGCAAAACAGUGGUAAAGAAAUGUACAAAAAAGUGUGCUACAAGUGAAAAGUUUUUUUUUUGCUAAUUAGACCUAUUUUUUGUUUUUGUUUUGUUUUGUUUUUCUUUUUUUGUUUUCAUUGCCGUCGCCGUCGCCGCUUGGUUAGCAUUACACGAUUUUAUAUUUUGUUUCAGUAAACUAUAGAUAUUAACGAGAGCUUCGCUUUUAGCCCUGGCUAAAUCUAUAUAUUAUUUUGGUGUUCUGACUAGAAUGAAAGGUGGAGCAUUGCUAAUGCCCUAACCAAUGAAAUCUAAGGAAAAAGAUAGGGGAGGGGGCGUUAACCACGCACUUUUUAGCCAUAAUUAUAUUAAUGACACUACAUAAUUAUUAUAUUUAUGUCUUUCAAACUGCGCUGUCUCAGAGAUAUUUGAGCGAAGAGAUGAUAUAAAAAAGUUUGAAAGACAUGAAUAUAUUGAAAUAACCCAUGGUCAGAUUCUCUUUUCUUGUAUAGCUAAGAGCUGGGCAAAACAGCUUUACCAUUAUCUCUAACUUGAGGGAGAUAAUCGUUACCUGGAUGCCUUUCUAAAAAUUGACUGAAUGUUUUAUUUUUCUUUAGCUGAGGAAAAUGAAGUCAACGGUCGACUCAGUCAUUCAAACCUUUUCUAAAAAGAAGGACAGUGGCGAGAAACAGAUGCGGGAUUGCUGAUUAUUAUUUGUACCGAGAAGAAUGAGAAUCUAUAAUGGUUCUGGUUUUCAGGUUCAUUUUAUUUAACUCGGUACAAUAUGCACAUUUUUGUAGAGAGACAUUUUUGUAACGUCAGUUAGUCGAGAUAUCAAGAAGCUAGACUUGUCGAUUACAUUACAAACUUGUACAAAGUUAGAAAGUUUCACCCGCUUGCAGCGAACAUUCUCUCUUUGUGUUAAAGGCUCGAAAUAGGGUUCCGUUUCCGCAAGAGGGAAACUCGCUAUAAGAACCCAGAUUUAACGUCACUUUGCUAGUACAAGAAUAACAAUUUCUUCGGAUUUCAUUAAUUACUAAAUUUUUCGAAUUUUUAAAAUAUCCUUUAUUCGCACUUGCAAAAUUAGGAAAGGAUGAAUUUCUUUAAUCUUGUGCGUUUAAGCUAUUUUUUCUGCAAAUUUUAGUACAUAAUAACGAUAAUAAUCAUAAUCAUAACUAUAACAAAAUUGUCAAAUCUGAUUGGCUAUCAACUGCCCUGAUUUCAGCCUUAAUUAGACAGUUUAAUAGGACAGUGCGCGUCAUGCUUAAGUAAUUCGACAGUACGCGCUAUCACGCGCGCGCUUAAAUG